AUGUUGAGGCUUGUAUUGGCCGCCGGCGCCGAGCCCUGGGCCGCCAACCAGCAGGGCUGUACUCCUCUACACGAGGCUUGCCAAAUGGGCAACGCGGCGGUGGUGGCCGAGUUGGCUUUGAUGACGCCGGAGUUCGUUGAGGAGGCGAGUCGUCGGUUCCCCGACGACCAGACGCCGCUGCAUGUGGCCGCGAUGACUGCAGCCGCGAAUCCCGGUCUGUGGGGCCCGGUAGAGAUUUGUAGAAUGCUGGUGGAGGCGGGCGGGGCCGAUGUGAACGCCGUCGUCCGAACGCCGAGCCGUCCUGACCCGGCGACUGCGCUCGAUUUGGUCUUGUCGGACCGGCCCGACGACGCCAACAGCGUCGGUACCGAUUGCGUUGACACGCUGCGACGAUUGGGCGCGAAAACAUGGCCCGAGCUGCUACGGGCCGAGGCGGAGGCGAGCCCAUCUGCCGGUGGCGUCGAAGAGCCUGCGCUACAGGCCGGUCAAGCUGGCACCGACGUCGUCGACUCCAGCCUAGUCGAGUCGAACGGGCUGGCUAAAGAGGAGGAAAGUCGGUCUCUUGCCAAGUCUGAAGACGACGAGGCCGCAGGAGACGGCGACAAAAAGGAUGACCAACCAUCCGGAAGGAGAGAAAACCUCGAGAGAUCAGAGGUCGAGACGAGCAAAUCGAAAAAGACUACAUGCCCUCAAAUGGCAUCUACCAAGACAACAACCAUGCUUGCCCAAAAAUCUGCGUUAGCCUCUCCCUCCCCAUCCUCAUUCCCCUCUUCCUCCUCCUCCUCUUCCUCUUCUUCGUCCUCCUCUUCCUCGCCCUCUUCCUCCUUUUCCUCGACCUCUACUUCUCUCGCCUCGUCAGGGCCUCCAUCUUUGUCUCUCGCCGAACGGGCUUCAAGCCCAUUAUUCCUCUACCAUUUUACUCCUCUCGCGACAGAAAGUUCAGAUCCACAACUCUCAGCACCGUCCAAGCCAGCAAAAAGGACUCAAUCUCUGGCCUCGCCUGCAACAAAAAGACGCAGCUCAUCUGCCCUUUCACCACCUGACGCUUGUCCACGGCAACCGAGUCCAGUUUCCACCUCCUCAAAGUCAGGAUUCAGUGAAGAGGAUGAUCAACUGGCCGGUGGUCACAAAAAUGGCGUUUUGCAAGAGGUUCUUAUGCCAUCAGAGACAAAAGGGGACACCUCAAAGCCGGACAAACAAGGCUUACAAGCGGAAGCAUCUCAACAACCGGUAGGACGGCCAGGUGAAAAACACCCGGAAACAGACCCAUCUCAGUCGUUAAGCCCAGAUUUGCUUCCUCGACAGACGAGUUCUCCGGACGCCCCAAUCAGGCUGGAUCAGCAAGAUCCACAGACCAAGCACACUUGCGGUACCUCCGGCGUGUCAACUCAGCCUCACGAGGGCGACCAAGAGCCGGCCCAAUUCGUUCGGCCAGAAAUGGAGAAAGCACAGGUUGUCAUGGCACCUCAUCGCUCGAAAGUCAACAUGACUAGUCUGCCACCAAAGCCAGUAUCGGCCCAGACCAAGGGCAAUCAAGAGAGAAUGUCUGAUAUGCAGAUGGGGGGCUGUGGUGAUGGCAACCCAUUGGUGGUGCGAAUUCCGACACCCGCCUUGGAAGAGGAGCCAAGGCCGGCUGAAUCGCCUCCUAAAAAGUCGGCAAAGGUAGCAACUAAGUUGAGCAAACCAGACGUGGAGGCCGUGGGAGUGGGAAUGAGAUCAAAGCGAGCCGAAGGUGGCCAGAAGAGCCGUAAAGGCUCACUCGAUGAUCGAGAAACGCAGACCCUCUCGGAGACGAAUACCGACGCGUCUACUCCGUCCGUCCGGCCGCCAACCACCAGUCGGACACUGUUGCCUGGGCGACAGACGAGAAGCCGAUCGCAAGAGGACAAAAGACGGUCAACCGGCACAGACGGGAGGCUGUCGGGCGUCUCGAAUGACCGAAACAAGUUGGCGUCGGGCAGAUCGAGUCGAAGAAGACACGAGCGCCGACCGACGUCCUAUGAAGAGCUGGCCCAGUCUCUGGGUCUUCUCCCCUCCCGGAGACGUCUUCCGCCGCCGAGCCUCAGUCCCUACCUACAGCCGGUCUUGCCAACCGUCAGACCCUCUUUUAUCAGCAUGUCGCCCACUCUUCCGCAUCAGAGGUCCCCCAGUCUCCGAGGCUCCAGACUCGGCCCACCGGCACCGGCACCGGCAGACGCCAAAGCCCCGAGUCCCCUGCGGCGACGAUCUGCCUCGAGUCGGCGCUCCCAAUCGCCCAAGACCAACCUGGACGAGCCAGACUGGUUGGCCAUUCGACAGGCCGCCAUUAGUAGGGCGAUCGCGCGGAAGGUGCGCCUCAGUGUGGCCGAUUACGAGUUCGCCCGAAUCACGGCACAGUUGGCCGGACAAUUUGAGCAUCUCUCCAAGCAGGAGAGGGCGGCCAAAUCGGCAAACAUGAGGUUAAUGCAAAUUGUAUUGCUGUAUCACCCCAUUGCCUAG